GAACCUUUAUUUUGAAAAAAAAAAAAAAGUCUUUAAAUACCGGAAGUGAAGGUUUUCGCCGGAAAUAAGGUGGUGUGUGUGUUUCUCUCUCUCCCUGUGCAUGUCUUAUGGGAACCUCGAAGGAAAAAGGACAGAAAAGAUGAUGGAGUUUCACGGCGGUGCAGAGGGAAACACUCAGUGGAAACCUCCUAUCACUCAGCAGGAAUCAGAGAGCAGCUCUCACACAGAGCACUUCCUCAGCUGUUCCUCAAAACCUGCAGAUGAUCACCAGGAGUUCUCCAGCUCAGGAAACACUAAGGAGCAGGAUCUGAAGGAUUCUCCCGGAUCCUACUCCAGAUUAAACAUUUACUCCUCUGAGGACAGUGAUGAAGACGUCUGUGCCUCCAGACUGAGGAAGUCUAAGAGCAUCUUGGACGAGUUGUUUACUGACGAGUCGAACGACUCUGCGUCAGACAGCGGAGAGGAUCUGCCGUCCAAACCCGGAGACGAGAGCGAUGCGAGCAGCUCGGACGUCAGUGAUCGUCCUCGUCCCCGCGCUGCCGCUCAGCGGAGGUCGAAGGUCGACGGUGUGGCUGUAAACAAGACUGAGAAAACAGAGGACGGGAGGAGAGUUUACAACAAAAAACACUACUGCCUGUUCUGCUCGAAACCUUUCAGCAAAAUCGCAAGACAUCUGGAGGACGUCCACUCGAAGGAAGAGGAAGUCUCGAAAGCGUGCGGUUUUCCAAAAGGGUCCAAACAGAGAAGGAUUUAUUUGGACGAGCUCCGACUCCGAGGGAACUAUAUCCACAACAUCGCGGUGCUGAAAUCCGGGAAGGGAGACCUGAUCCCCUAUAAACGCCCACGAGGGGAUAUGAAGGCCAGCGACUUCAUGCACUGCCCUCACUGUCAGGGCUUGUUCACGAAAAAAGUCCUGUGGAGACACAUGAAGGUCUGCAAACUGAGUCCCAAAGACUACGUUCCCAAACCCGGGAAGAACCGAGCGCUGUCUCUGUGCGCGGCCACGCAGCCCGUUCCUCCCAACAUCAGCCCCGAGCUGUGGAAGAUCUUAAGCGUCAUGGUCACGGACGAAAUCACGGAAGCCGUCAAAAACGACGGCUGCAUCAUCCAGAUGGCGGAACACUGGCUCCGGAAGAGCGGAGACUCCCCGAACGGGCAGUGCUUCAUUCGGCAGAAGUUACGAGAGUUGGGAAAGCUGCUGCUGAGCGGCCGGAAUGUGACGUCUCUCAGAAAGCUGGAGGAUUUUAUCGACCCGUAUAACUGCAUGCAGGCGGUGGAAGCCGUACGACACGCGUGUGAAUACAACAGCGAGAGGAACACCUACAAAAUCCCCUCCCUGGCUAAAAAGCUGGCGGUUUGCCUGGCGCAGCUCAGCCGCCUCAUCCGGACCAAAGUGGUGAUGCCGAAGAACACGAAGCUGGCCAAGAAGCUGCAGAACUUCCAGAAGAUCCACGAGGAACGCUGGAACGAUUUGCUGUGCGCGACGGUGCUGAGGAACUCCGAGGACGAGGAAGUGAAAUUUAAACCUCCGACGCUGCUGGCGUUCACAGAAGACGUUCAGAAGCUCCACGUGUUCCUGGACAAAGCGCAGGACGAGUUCACCGAGCAAUUAUCCGCUGAGUCGUCCACCAAACACUGGUCGGAUCUAGCCAAAGUCGCUUUGACGCAAAUCAUUCUGUUCAACCGGAGCCGGGAAAACGAGGUGGUGAGCAUGACGCUCGAUACUUUUUUAUCCCGAGACAACUCCGAUCCUGCCACAGACAUCGACUGGGCUCUGACCGAGGUGGAGAAACAACUCUGCCGCCAUUUUUAUAAAAUCGUCAUCCGGCGAGACGGAGCGCGUCCCAUCCCGAUCCUGCUGACUCUCAAGAUGCUUCGCGCUCUGCAGCUGCUGGUGGAAAAGCGUGAAACCUGCGGCGUGGUGAAGGACAACACGUACGUCUUCGCCCGACCCUCUGCCUCGUCCCAUUUCAGGUGUUCGGACUGCGUGCGAGGAUUCUCGUUGAUCUGCGGAGCGAAGGAUCCUCAGGCACUCACCUGCUGGAAGUUGAGGAAGCGCAUGGCGACACUGUCCACGGUGCUGAAUCUCGGAGACCCGGAGAUAAACCAGUUAGCGAGCUUUCUUGGACACGAGCUGAUCAUCCAGGAUGAGUUUUACCCCCUGCAGGAAAGAACACUACAGCUGGCCAAAGUGCACAAGGUGCUAACGGCUAUGGAGCAGGGACGAAUGAUGGAGUUCAUGGGAAAGAACUUCUCAGACAUCGACGUUCAAGCUGAUGAGAAAAUGGAUCUGAGCAGUGAUAAAGUGAAGAAGAGUUGGGAAAGUUCUGUCUCGAACGCAGACGUGUUACCAGGAACCUGUCCCGGGAAGAGAACAUCUCAGAAGAAGAGGAAAACAUGGAGCGGGCCUGAAAUCCAGGCGGUGGAAAAGCACAUGAAGGAUUACAUCACUUCCUGUCGAGUCCCGGGCAAAGCGGCAUGCGAGAACUGCUUGAGCGCCGAACCUUCGACGCUGAAAAAGAGAGACUGGCAAAGCGUCAAGUUCUACAUCUACAACCGCAUCAUGGCGCAGAAGAGAGACGCCAGUCACAAAGUCUGAGCAAAAACGACUCGUUCGUUUAAAAAUGUUAAAAAGUCCGUUACGUUUCCAGACGCCGGGAUUUUCUCAUGAACAUCACGUCUUCAGUCUGUAUCUGAUCACAGUCCCUGAUGUUAGUGUUAUUCUACGCUCAUGCUAGCGGCGAGUCACACGUAGCAAUUAUAGCAUGUCUCUUGUGGGCGUGGCCUGUCUGACGUUUCCUGUAUAUCGCUCCUAACGCUAGCUGUUUAAACCGAACUUAGCGAACACACUACUCAUUCAUGUGAAUAUAAACAAUUUACACUCCUCUGGAUUUGAGUUUGUCAUAAAAACACGUCACCAGUCGGACAUUAGUUUUUAUUUUGUCUUUAAAAAAUCUGCACUUUCAUCAGACAACGUAAACCUUUUAUAUCCAUUCUGCGUGUUCGACCUCAAAAAUAACCGAUGGAGGAAUCGUUCGUUGGAUUUGUAGUAAACCUCCGCGAAUGGUUUCGUGUCGCAGGCAUACGUGAAAACUAAAGGUGCACUUUUUCACGUCUAAUCCUACAUAACUUCAAUAAAAAAAACCUGACCAAUCAGAUCGCAGUAUUCUAAUUCAAACAGCUAAAAAAUAUACGUGAGACGCCACGUGUCGAGACGCUUCACACGCCGUUCUCGUUUCCUGUACAGGUGCGUCGUCAUGGCGAUGACGUGAAGGAGACGAGUGUUGUAGCUGUAGCGCUCGCGGUGUCUCGUUGUUAUUAUUGAACAAUCCAGAACUCGAUCUCCAGUUUAUCUUCCUCAUGAUCGUGUGGAUGAAAUGAUUCACGUUCCUCCUCGUGUCACUGAAACCACGUGACUGUAGCUGUUUGGCUGUAACGUUUUUCACACGCAGUAUGAUGUUACAAUAAUCAUGUUAAUAAACACCAUCAACACCA